AUGUCGCAUUCAAUGCGUUUGCGAAGCACCAGGCGCGUUACGCCCAUCGACGACGAACCAGCUGGCCCAGAAAUGCCUGGCGACUUCUUGCCGUCAUCCAGUCCGCUCAGCGAACUCCCUCCCCUUGUAUCCGACACCCAGGAGACAUCCUCAACUCCUGCAGGCCGCCGUCGUUCGCUCAGUUAUAGCGAUGCCGUGGCUGGUUGUGUCCCUCGAGUUAGCACUGCUACUCGGGAUGAUAUACCACCGAUGGGUGAUGAUAGAUCGGAGACGCUGCAUGAUGGGUCUCGACUUGAACACGGUUCUACGAUAGAACCAUUGAUUGCUGCUCCUCGUGGAAUGCAUGCUCGUCGCAACAGCCUGGAUAGUCUCUCGUCGAGUCAGGCUGCGACUGGCAUCGACCCCAAGAACUGGGGCAACAUUCAGCUCCCUGAUGAGGAAGCUGACGCUAACCUUCAAGCCGCAUUGCAGGCUAGUCUGAAAGCUCAACUUAACUUGAACAAGGCGGGCGAGAGCUCCGGGACUCACCAUGAACCCAAUGCAUAUCCAGACCUCAUGCUCAAAAAGGAGCUCGAGGAUCUUCGUGCAGAAUUUGAGGCACUAAAGCUUGAGAAGUCGUCCAAAUGGAUGAAACAGCGAGUUAACGUCAAGCCGGCUGACGAGAGAAUUGCUACCAAGGUUGCGUCCACCACGAAGGAUUGUUCUGGCUCUGCGCCUGUGAGCAGGCUUCCCGUGCCGGUUGAUGGCGACAGCAACUCAUCUACCUCCUCGUCGGACAUUGGGAGUGAAGGCGACAUCCUCCCUAGCGCGCACAUUGCUAAGAACUCGGCAUUGGGGGUAGCGUUCCAGGGAUUGAAUGGGCGUCGAAUGGAUUCACCUUCUUCGUCGUCUUCGUCGAGUGACGACAACUCGUCUAGCUCAAGCAAUGAGGCUGGAGCACCUAGGAUGAUCAAACGUCGUAAACAACGACGGUCACAAUCUAAAAAGGCUAAGAAGAGUAAGCGUAAGGAAACAAAAUUGAAGCCAGUGCCUCCCGUCGUAUACAAAGGGGAAGCUGAGCUUGUUACUUUCCAACGCUUCGUCAGCGAAUCGAUCUCGUACGUUGAAGAUGGCAACGUCCCUCGAAGAGAUGAGGUGAGAAUCAUUAGCCAAUUCACUGAUGGACCAGCUCAACGAUUCGUCCAACGACGUGUAUUCGGACACUGGCAGGAUUGGACAUUGGAGUUGUUCUUCCGCGGAUUAUUUGACGAAGUAUUUCCCGCAAACUUCACCGAACGACAACGGUGGAAGCUAAAGAACUGUAGACAGCGUGAAGGGACGUCCGUUGUCACACCCUUUUUGUAA